GUGUUCGUUGCCUUCUGUGGUCAAUGCUGAUCUCAGACGUAACCCCAUUAUUCAUCGUUUUUCUUUCUGCCCUCACCGGAUGGCUCGACGUGGCCUUCAGCUUCAUGGUGGCACCCUCGGCUCCCGCUCGCCAUGCAUCUCGCUCCCUCGACCCAUCCAAUCCCCACCUUUCAUCAUCCCAAUGGUUUCCAUCACGACGGAAAGAACCUUGGUUGGUUGUGAUGAUGGGUCGUCGUGCGGCCAAGGUGGCGGAGAAGAAGGCCAAGGGCGAGGCCGCCAAGAGCAAGAUCUACAGUAGGUACGGCAAGAAGAUUGCAGGGGCCAUCAAGACGGGAGGCAGUGACCCACUCAACAACAUGGAGCUGGCGUCGUUGAUUAAGGAGGCAAAGGCCGCAGGUAGGCUACGGGGAGCGGCAGCAUUGCAUUGCACACACGACACGAGGCAGGCACACGAUCGGAUCGCCCCUGUGUUGUGUGGUGGUGCUCUGGUGGUCAUACAUGUGUGUCAUGUGUAUACAUGUGAUGUAUGUCAAAGGUGUUCCGAAGGACAACAUAGAUCGAUUGCUCAAGAAGGCUGACGAUGCCCCCGACUACACCGAAGUCAUCUAUGAGGUCAGCCACUGCACUCACUGCAGCACACACAGCACACACAGACACUGCACUGCACUGCCCUGCCCUGCCCUGCACACAAACGAUACAAACGCACACACAGUCCGGUCUGUCUGUCAAGUCUGCAAUGCGUCCCUACCGUCCGUAUCGCAUCGCCAUCGCAGGUGUACGGUCACGGCGGUGUGGGUAUGCUGGUCACUUGCCUGACGGACAACACCAACAGGGCGGCCAGUGUCGUCAAGGCAGCGGUAGGUGGAAUACGCCACUCAACAACACAACGACGAUUGUACAAGUGCUAUUUCCCUCUCUCUCGCUCUGUCUGUCCCUUUGUGAUUGCAUUGCAGGUGAAGAAGGCGGGCGGCAAGGACGCCUCGCCGGGCUCUGUGUCUUUCCAAUUCACCAAGAUGGCCAAGAUAGAGAUCCCUGAGGACAGGGCGGCCGACCUGGACGAGGACAAAGUGUUCGAGAUUGCGCUCGAGUCAUCCGUCGACGACAUCGAUAUCCGGCCGGCACCGCUGAGGCCUGACAUCGAGAAUAAUGAGGAUGGUUCCACUCCCGUACCGCCCAAGUGGGUGCUGACGACGCCCAACUCCCUGAAGGCGCUGAGGGACGCACUUGAGGCGAACGGCAUUGAAGGUAAAUGUGUGGGGGACACAUAAAUGGGGGACAAAUGAGCCGAAGAGGUUUGAUGUGAAUGUCUCGCGUGUCUUGCUUGUUGUGUUUCGCUGUCGCGUCCAGGAUCGACGUCGCUGGCACACAUUCCCAAUGCGCUCGUGGACUGCUCCGAAGAGGAGCUGGAGAAGAACCUAGGACUUAUCGGUAGGGCUGACAGCUGAGAGAGAUGUGCGCUCUUCUUUGGUCAUUGAUUGCCUUCUGGUUUGUUGUCUUUGCCUUUGCCUUUGUCUGUCGCAGAUGCGCUUGAAGACAUUGAUGACGUUGACAUGGUCGAACACAACAUCAGCUUUGCAUGACAUGACGGGACGGACGGCCACAGCUGUGCUGUGCAUGUAAGUCAGCUGAGGGAACGGGUGGUCUGCUAAUGCAGCAGAUCGAUGAUCAAUGAUGGGACGGACGGACAUGGAGACAGACAUUCUUGAAAUGGGUGGGUGUUACACUACACGCCUCUGCUGGAU